AUGGGAUAUAAGAUAUAUUCUAACUCUGACUUAGUUCAAACAGUAACAUGGGCAAACUAUGAAUGGUUCGCUUUGAGAAACUCAGUACAACCACAAGCUAGAGAACAAACAGACCAGUAUGCAACUAUUGAGAAAAUAAGAAGACUUGACCCUAACGUUCCAGGAGUUUAUGUUGACCUUUCUGGACAAACUGCAGCAGCAGUAACCAAAGUAAAACUGAAACUUAGAGUUCCUUUGUCAUCUUUCCUCAUCUUCAGGUUUUUAAGAUACUUGCCAAACUGGGCAGGAAAAAUUUCUAUCGAACUUACUCCAAGCAAAAAUAACUUAGUCAUUGCACCAACACAAGACCCAUUCACUCUUACAGAAGUAGUGGGAACAAAUAAAAUGUCAUUCGCCGACUUUUGCAAAAACAAAGUUGACUUAGACUUUGGUUUCUCAAACCUCAACACUGAAGUAAACUAUUAUUUCAAUGCUGCUGGAGAUGCUUGGGACCCAGUUAAGUUCACAUGCGAAAAGUUUGAAUGCAAGAGAAUAGAAAGCAGACUUGCAGUCUAUAUGUUGGACCCAGAUAUUUCAAAUGCUUUAGCUGCCAAAUAUAUUGCAGUUCCACUUAUGUUCCCUAUACACCAAAUAUCUGUCAAAGACUUUGCAGGUGAAGUUGGAAACCAAAGUGCUGACCCAGGUGCAAGAACAGAUAUUGCUUUAACAACUGCAAUGAAACAUGCAGAUACUAUGUUUGUACUGUUCAGACGAACUAUAAAUGACUAUUCUUGCUUCUACAACCCUGGUAUUAAAUACCAUAUAAACAUAGAUGGCAAAUACUAUCCAAGAGAAGAAUAUUCUACAGUUGAGGAUAUGAG